AUGCUGCAGCAGCAGCAGCAGCAGCAUAAGAAUGAAAACCCAUACCCAACAGCAGCAGCUCCUCCAUCCUCUCCGACUGGAUCACCGGCAUUUCACCACCGUAUGGCUAACAAGCGCAGGCACCCAUCCUCCGAGAGGGGGCGGCCACCACUACCUCCUACAUCUCUUGGCACUGCAAAUCACCACCGGUUCGUGGCCAAUUCACCCAAAUCAGAGGCAGGUCAAGUUCACCUCCACAGCCAAGCAGAAUUCAUACACACUACUACUCAAGAGGAACCCAAACCGAGCUCCAGUAGCGAACCCAGUUCAACCGAUGAAAAAGAAACCGGUGUCGACAAUCAGCUACACGCAGCCCGGCUCCGACUCCGCCGGUCCAAAGGAUUCCAUUAA